AUGUCUGAGAAACCACAUUGGUCAUCAAUACGCCGCAGGGCAGCAUUGUCUGACCAUCCUUCCCUGCCUUCACGUCCACAGACUCUUCCUCAACACAUGGAUGAUUCCGAGAGAAGACUAACACUUGGAGAUUUGGGUAUACUAGCUAAGGAGAGACAGGAACCUACUCGGAGUGCCACAUUAGGGGAUGUGGGAGAUUGGUUCAGGAACAAGCUUCCAAGUCAUCGUGCAGAGAGAGGAGGAACAUUGAGAAACAACGGGGGUUGGGAAAUCGGAGAGGCUGCUGGCAAUUCUUCAUCUCAACUUCAACACAAAGUCAACAAUCGAGCAUCAGCACAGCAUAACUCUGCCUCAAAUCGCCGAGGGGGUCAACGCAGCAGAACCGGGGGUUCAGAUCGCCUUGUGGAUUGGAACACACCGAAAAACCUAAGUGAAGCAGUGUCUGAACCAACGUCCGCAUCUAAAGACAAAGGGAAUGAGCCUUCACUGCCGACUUAUCGCAGAUGGAAUGAAUUCGGUUCCCUGAGAAUAGGCAAGAAGCGCGGUCAGAAGAAACGGAGUGACAGUAUAGAAGCCGAGAAGGAUAAAGAAAAGCAACCCAUAAGGCGCUCUUCCAGAGCUCAGUCCUUUGCGGCAGUCAUUCAAGGAACGCCUAGCAUAUUGGAAGUUCUAGAAGCCAAUCGAAAGGCAAGGAGAAAAGCACGAGAGGACCGGGAAAGUUUGAGAGAGAGUGGAGAUUACCUGGGAGUUCAAGGUAUCAAUCCGCAGACGGGUAUUCUUGAUCUUACAUCGGACAGUGGAGAGAGUACGCUGAGCUCGAAAACGGAACAAAAGCUACUGAACCUGGAGGCACAGGCUAAGAACGCUUUAUCGGCUGCCGAAAGAAAGGAGGCCGAGAUCGAAAUCGUCAAGAUACAUCUCGAUCACGAAGUCGAGAAAGCACGACGACAAGAGAAAGCAGAGAAACAACUGGCAGCUUCUGCCACUGCCAAAUGGCGAAGGGGGACACACCAGUGGUCAUCAGUUCAGGAGCCUGAUUUGAGCCCGAUUGCCCAAUCACGCAGAAGUACUUCAGUGUUGUCAAGGGGCCCGUCACGCCGAGACUUAGCUAUGGCAAAGGAGGAAGGGCUGAUCGACUUAGACCUUCCUGUUCUUCACAAUAACUCAAAGGAGCCGUCCGAUGAAGAAGUCCCGCCUGAUGUACAACCCAAGGAAAGCUCCAACUCAUCUGACACAGUGAUCAAAACCCCUCAUAGACGCAGCCUGGCAAACCCGUCUCCUUCAGCCUUGGAGCUUUUCGAGAAUGACAUAAGUUUCCAUAACCCAAGUGAGCACAGGCUAGGCAGAGAUCAGAUCCCAGAGUCUUUCCUUGCAUCCGCGCACGAUGAUACACAGAUACAAACGGCUUUGGACGAGACACAACAUCUGCAUGGGAACGAGAAGUUCCACGAGGCGGGCGGAUCACUGGCGCACCACAGAGACCAAAACCAACACUCCAGUUCUUUUUUAGAGAAGGGCCUAGGAGGGGCAAUAGAACCAGGAGGAACCCAGAGACCUCGAGUGUCAAUCAGCAAGGACUCUUUGUCGGAUCUCUCGAUGAAACCAAACCUCACAACAUCCAGCACCAACCACUUACUAGUGAAGAGCAAGAUCGAGAUACGAAGCCAACACGAGAACAUUCCAGAAAGCUACGUGCAAGAUUUGACGACCACCCACGAGAAAUCCACUACCCUCCCGACAACAGUGGAACAGUCCGCGUCAAGUUCCCCAGAAAGCCAGUGCCAACACACUCCAGUCUCGACAUACCAUCAGCAAGUCCUGACAGGACGUGUAUAG